CAAAAAGCAUCGUACCAUGCUUGAGCCGACGAUGUGCGAGUCUCCACGCAUCGUUACCUAGGUUGGGGUUCAAGGUUGGCUCUACAUGGAUGAUUCAACAUACUUAAGUCAGACGGGUUCCCUCUCGUUCGUUGACGCCAACGACCCCUUCCUCCUCCUCGUUCAACCACCAAGCUUUCACCACACUUGCCGCAAUCAUGGACUCCAGGAAGGGGGAUUCAAGUUCUUCAGCACAUCUCUCCUCUGGCUCCGCUCCGGCAGCUUCACAAUACAUCACGCCAAGCUCAACACCAGAACACGACUUUUGGACAGCCGCUGGACUGGGGAGCUCCAAAGCACAGACCGGACCCUCAUUCCCGAAACAUUCGUCUGAAACUACUCCCCAAGACUUUGGAAAUGGCGAUUCUCUAUUUGAGUUUGACGAACCGGAUGGGCCAGAUUAUUCGAGCUCCAUUGCCGACUCGAUUCGUGGCCAUGUGUAUGAGUGUGGCUUGAGAUAUCAUGCAUACCAUGCGGGUAAAUACGCCUACCCCAACGAUGAGACGGAGCAAUCUCGUGAGGAAAUCAAGCAUACCAUGUCAGUUAUGCUCUGUGACGGUCGAUACUUCUUUGCUCCCGUUGAGGAGGCAUUGGAAAAGGGUGGACAGGUCCUUGACUUGGGCACUGGUACCGGAAUAUGGCCCACGCAAUUGGCUGAAAGCUAUCCGGACGCAGUCAUCACGGGAGUUGACCUAUCACCCAUCCAGCCCAGCUUUGUUCCGGAAAACGUGCGCUUCUACGUCGACGACUUUGAAGACGAGUGGGUGGACCCGGUAAACAAGUACGAUUACAUCCAUCUGCGCUUUGCACUACACACCCUCAAGGAUAGGAACUCGCUUAUGCAACGUGUAAUGCGACACCUCAAGCCAGGCGGCUACUUUGAAAUCCAAGAGAUCGAUGUCAGUAAUCCAAGUUGCGACGAUCACACCCUCACACCAGAUACUCCAUAUGCCGCCCGCGACGCGCUCAAGCUCCUCGGAGCCGGCCUCCAAGCCAUGGGCGCCGACAUAAGCGCCAUCCAAAAGACUUCUCAGGAGAUGCGCGAGGCCGGCUUUGAGAAUGUUACCGAGAUCACGAAGAAAUUGCCCCUCGGGCUCUGGCCGGCGGAUCAGAAACUCCGACUUUGCGGUCUGUUCUGGCGGACGUCGAUCAUGGAUGGCAUGACGGGACUGUGCAGCAGGCCGUUUCAGGCUGCAGGGCUGACGCCGACGGAGAUCGAGUCGUUCCUGGUCGAAGUGAGGAAGGCUGUGAUGGAUGGGAGUAUUCAUACGUACUUUCCUUUUAUCACUGUGUAUGGGAGGAAACCAUUGGGCGGUUAGAUGUUGGGAUGUCGCUCGGGGUAGUUCGGCACAGAUACGCAAUGCACGAGAUGGGUGAUGAUACUCCACAAAUGAAGAUUUUGCUCUAAUUCAGGAUACACGUAAAGACUUAAUACUGAUAGUGCC